AUGAUUGUUUUGUGCUCUUAUACUCAAGCCGAGCUUGAAUGUCCGUCGCAAUGUCACUGUACAGUUGACUUCUCCGUCGUGAUUUGCCGAGGAAUGGAAAUAUUCCCCGUGUUCAGCUUUGCAUCAAAAGUCAAAAUUCUGGAUUUGACUCAUGGAAAAAUCAAACACAUCCACAUUAAAGACGUGAAGGCCUACUCACACUUGAAAAAAUUGUUAAUCAAUCACAAUCCUCUGGACUGCAACCACGUGACUAUCCACAUGCUAAAACACUUGAGAGAAACCGCUGGAUUGGAAUCAUUUGACGGCCACGAAAUUGAAUGUCCACGAGAACCCUCAGUAAUAACUAAUAGACCCUUUGACAACAAUUAUCAUGGGCAUCGUCAUAAUCUCAGACCGUCAGGAGGCGCACCUCUAAUUUACUUUGUUCAUGGAAGUUUUGCUCAAUUGGUUGGUGGGAUCGUAAUGAUGUUUCUGGGCAUGCUCGCUGUGGCUGUUGUUUGCUGUGUCUUGGUGCGCUAUCGGCGCAAAUUGUCUCGAAAAUAUGAGCACCAAAACUUGGCUGAUGUAGAUCCCCUCAGCAAAAUGGAGAGAGGAACUGGAUAUAAAUCUGACACGACUGGAAAGAGGGGAAAGAAACAGCAAAGAGGCCCCCAAGGAUAUCCUGAAAACGUGAAAUCUGAUGACUCGCUUUUGAAGGGAGAUGAUGGAGACGAGUCAGACACUGCUGAACACAUGUUAGAAGCAGGCCUGAGGAAACAGCGAAGAAGUUCCCAAGGAUAUCCUAAAAAUGUGAAGUCUGAUGACUCACUUUUGGCAGAGGAGGAAGAUUAUCUGAAGAAGAACAUGAAGAAACAGAGGAGCGCGUCCCGAGGGUAUGCUCUGGGGAAUCAAUCCAGUGACGAGGAGAGUGUUAUGCUGGAGAUCGACAUAAAUUAUAAUUUGCUUUACUGGAGAACAAUGUGA